UUAGUUAUUUUCUAUAAUCGUGCAAAAGAAAAUCCUUCAAGUCUUUUUUUCUUUCCCUCCAAUCAAAAACAUGAACGACGGGAAGCAGAGAUUUUCUUUCUACUUUCUUCUUCCAGUUAUUCGUCCUUCUUUUCUGUUACUGGUUCUGCUUUUAUAUGUAACCAAAAAAUUGUGAUAGUAUUGUACAAGGGGAGAACGAGGAGAGGAGAGAAGAACAAGAAAAGCGAGAAAUAGAGAGCCUAGUCGAUAAUUGAUAAGCUUAGCAAUGGGUUUACGGUUGACGCCAAGUCAGUAGUGAAGACUCUGUUUCCUGCGAUUUUAUCAAUUUGGGGAAAAAAAGCUGGGUACUUAGGGAAGCAUGAUUUCUUAAAAUAAAUUCUACUUCUACCAUGGAGAUAGAUCUUGAAAUCCCUUCACAUGAGCAGAAGUUGGAUGACAGAUCAAAUGCAAAUGAAAUACAUGGAAUUGAUAUUGAGAAUAAAGAUCUAAACUUGCCUUCAAGAAGUGAAAAUGUAAAGGAGGCUUGUCAACUAGAUAAAAAUAAAAGCAUUCCUGUUUAUGGAGAGCAGGUGGAUUUUAGCAACGAUGGAACAUCUUUUGUCAACAAGGGUCUCAUAUGUGAGCCCCAAAAUGGUUUAGAAUUUGAUUCUAAAGAGGCAGCAUACUCUUUCUAUAGAGAGUAUGCUCGAGCUGUUGGGUUUGGAAUCACAAUAAAAGCCAGUCGUCGUUCAAAGAAAUCUGGAAAAUUUAUUGAUGUAAAAAUUUCAUGCUCCAGAUUUGGAAGCAAGAGUGAGUCUAGUACAACUGUCAAUCCACGAUCCUGUCCGAAGACAGGCUGCAAGGCAGGAAUGCAUAUAAAGAGGAGGCAAGAUGAAAAAUGGAUAGUACAUAAUUUUUUGAAGGAGCAUAACCACGAGAUUUGUCAAGAUGAUUUCUACUAUGCUCUCAAGGGAAGGAACAAGCAAUCAGGCAUAAUUUCAUGCCAAAAGAAAGGCCUGCAGUUAUAUCUAGAUGAUGGAGAUGUGCAGGCAAUGCUUGAGCAUUUCAUGUGUAUGCAAGACAAGAAUCCAGGUUUCUUUUAUGCAAUUGAUUUUGACAGUGAUAAACAAGUGAAAAAUGUCCUUUGGGUUGAUGCAAAAUCCAGGCAUGAUUAUAGCAACUUCUCUGAUGUAGUAUUCUUUGACACUUUUUAUGUCAGGAGCAACUACAAAAUUCCAUAUGCUCCUUUUAUUGGAGUUAAUCAUCACUGCCAGUACAUAUUACUUGGCUGCACAUUGAUUGGGGAUGAGAGUGCAUCAUCAUUCACUUGGUUAAUGCGGACAUGGCUUAAAGCAAUGGGUGGCCAAGCUCCUGAAGUGAUUCUUACAGAUCAAGAUAAAUGCUUAAAAGAAGUCAUCGAAGAAGUAUUUCCUAACACCCGCCAUUGCUUUUGUUUAUGGAAUAUAGUGAGCAAGAUUCCUGAAAAUUUUGGCUUGCAUUGUAAUCAUGAUGAAAGUUUUAUGGCGAAAUUUAACAAAUGCAUUAAUCGCUCUGGGACAGAUGAACAGUUUGAGAGGAGAUGGUGGAAGAUGGUUGGUAGAUUUGAACUGAAGGAGAAUGAGUGGAUGCAUUCAAUAUAUGAAGAUCGUAAGAAAUGGGUCCCAACUUAUAUGCGGAACACAUUUUUAGCUGGAAUGUCUACAGCUGAGCGAUCAGCUAGUAUUGCUUCUUUCUUUGACAAGUGCAUCCAUAAAGAUGCUAAAUUUAAGGACUUAAUUGAGCAACAUAAAACAUUUCUGCAAGACAGGUAUGACAUGGAGGUCAAUGCGGACCUUGAAAUGCGGAACAAACGACCUGCAUUAAGAUCUUUCUCACCUUUUGAGAAACAAGUGUCCACUAUCUAUACAGAAACCGUGUUCAAGAAAUUCCAGGUUGAGGUCUUGGGAGCAGUUUCUUGUCAAGUGCGGAAAGAAAGUGAAGACGGUCCAACAGUAGUCUUUCAUGUUGAUGAUUUUGAAGAACGUGAACAUUUCCUUGUAACUUGGAAUGAGUCACAGUUGGAAUUAUGUUGUUUAUGCCAUUCAUUUGAAUAUAGGGGUUUUCUCUGUAAACAUGCUAUCCUUGUUCUUCAAAUUUCUGGUGUUUCUGACAUUCCAUCCCAUUACAUAUUGAAGCGUUGGACUAUAGAUGCAAAUGUCAAGAAAAAAAAUAAUGAAAGGUCAGGCAGGCUCCAUUUUCGGGUAGAACGUUUCAAUGAUCUUUGUAAACGAGCCAUCAAAUUGGGAGAAGUGGCAUCCUUUUCUCAUGAAGCGUAUAGUAUUGCAUUUCAGGCAUUAGAAGAAGCCUUGAAACACUGUGUUGGAGUAAACAACUCUGUUCGGAGUGUUUUAGAGCCAAGUACCUUAGCUGAUCAUGGUUGUCUUGACAUUGGACAGGAGAAUAACAGCAACAUUGGAACCAAAUUCUCAAAGAAAAAGAAAAUACAUAAGAAAAGAAAGUUACAGAGUGAGCCAGUGGGAAUAACUAACCGGCCAGAAGACGGCUGCCAGCAGAUGGAACAAAUGUACUCAAGAGCACAUACUCUUGAUAACAGUUAUGCUCCACAACAGGAUAUGCAAGCAGUGGAAUUAGGCUCCAGAGAAGCAAAUCUUGAUAGUUAUUAUGGUUCUCAACAAAAUCUGCAAAGAGUGGGACAACUGAACUCGGUUUCUCCAUACGUGAUG